GCUUUAUUUAGAAAAACCAACCCCAACCUCAACCCCUCCUUCUCUCUCUCUCUCCAUCCCAAUUCAUCAUUCCACACACAAUUAGCACAAUGUCCAGCAGUGGCAGUCACGGGGCAGAAGGAUCAUCCAACACCAACAUUCCAAUAAUCGAUUAUCACCAUCAGCAGCAGCAGCAGCAAACUAGUCCAGUGACACUUAGCCGCUACGAGUCCCAAAAGAGAAGGGACUGGAACACCUUUGGCCAAUACCUUAAGAACCAGAGACCCCCAGUUCCUCUCUCUCAGUGCAAUUGCAACCACGUCCUCGAUUUCCUUCGCUACCUUGAUCAGUUCGGAAAGACCAAGGUUCACCUCCAAGGGUGCAUGUUCUAUGGCCAACCUGAACCCCCUGCACCCUGCACCUGCCCUCUCAGGCAGGCUUGGGGGAGCCUCGACGCUCUCAUAGGCAGACUCAGGGCUGCCUAUGAGGAAAAUGGAGGCUCCCCUGAGACUAACCCUUUUGCGAGUGGCUCCAUUCGCGUAUACCUUAGGGAGGUCAGGGAGUGCCAAGCUAAGGCUAGAGGUAUCCCUUACAAGAAGAAAAAGAAGACCACAAAGGGAAAUAAUAUUGAAGAAUCAUCAAACUCCUCCAUCCACUUCUCUUGAAUGUUCUUCCUCAGAAGGAAGAUAUGUGUUUCAGCCUUUCCAUCACCUAAUGGAUAAUAUGUGGCAUAUAUAUAUAUGAAUCAAAUUGGAGGAGUUCUUACUUUAAGGCAAAGUUCAUGGGAGGUUUGGUUUCUAUAUUCGGUAAUUUGAUGGCAUUCCAGUACUCUUAAAAUUUCUGUUUUGUUAACUACCUGAGAAUUUGUAAUUAAGCUUUUAGCAGAACCGAAAGCUUGUGACAUGCACAAUCGUUGGUUUAUGCCUCGGUGUAUCUUAUAUUCAAACAUGAUUUGCAUAUUUACAUAUAUAGUUGCUCCUCUUUUUCAUCGGUUCCUUUAAAAUGCAAGGCAU